CACACACCCGACCCCAUCCAUCAAAGGUCUUCGCCCUUCCUUUACCGAUGCACGCCCAGUAGACUACGUGACUUCAUCAUCCCCUCUUUCCUCACUUCCUCACGUGCCGUCCAAUUGAAGCAGCCUCUAGUUCCCGCACCUAUAUCGCGUGGAACACUCCUCGUUACCGUCUCCUUAAAUUUUCGCAACCAUGGUGAGCCCAUUGAGCUUGAUAUACUACACUUUCCACCCUCAAGAGCUCAGAUCGAUCAUACAAUGGAAAGUAUGGCACAACCCCGUCCACGAGCGCGAUGAGUCCAAAGAGCCGGCAUCGCUCAAGAGAUGCUUCUUCUUCCUUGACAAGACGAGUCGGAGCUUUUCCGCGGUCAUUAAGGAGCUGCACCCCGAACUCCUCGUCCCAGUCUGUCUGUUCUAUCUCGUUCUGCGUGGCCUGGAUACAAUAGAAGAUGACAUGACACUGCCGCUGGAGAAGAAGGAGCCAAUUUUGCGGAACUUUCAGGACAUCCUGGAGCAGGAUGGAUGGACGUGCAACGAGAAUGGCCCGAACGAGAAGGAUAGGCAACUGCUUGUCGAGUUCAAUGUUGUUGUGGAAGAAUUCAAGAAGAUCAAGCCUGCAUACCGUACAAUCAUCAAGGAUAUCACCAAGAGGAUGGGCAACGGCAUGGCAGAUUAUGCUAACAAUGCGGAGCACAACACGAACGGUGUCAACACCAUCGCCGAUUACGAACUCUACUGCCAUUAUGUAGCUGGGCUUGUUGGCGAGGGUCUUACCCGUCUGUUUGUUGAAGGCGGCCUCGCAAAUGCGGCCCUGCUGAAACGACCUGAGCUCAUGGAGUCCAUGGGCCAGUUCCUCCAGCAGGUCAACAUUAUUCGAGACAUCAAGGAAGAUCUAGACGACAAGCGGCGGUUCUGGCCAAAGCAGAUCUGGUCUAAGUAUGUCAACAACUUCGAAGACCUCUUCAAGCCGGAAAACAAGCAGCUCGCUCUGAGUGCAAGCUCGGAGAUGAUCCUGACUGCCUUAUCUCGUGCCGACGACUGCUUAUACUAUCUUGCUGGUAUCAAGGAGCAGAGUGUGUUCAACUUCUGCGCGAUACCGCAAUCCAUGGCCAUCGCUACCCUUGAAAUAUGCUUCCAGAAUCACGACAUCUUUAAGAAGAAUGUUAAAAUUACGAAGGGAGAGGCAUGCCAGUUGAUGAUCGAGUCGACACAAAACCUCCAGCUGGUAUGCGAUGUGUUCAAGAAGUAUCUCCGCAAGAUCCACCAGAAGAACAAUCCGCAUGACCCCAACUUCCUCCGCAUCAGCAUGGCAUGUGGAAAGACGGAACAAUUCAUCGAAUCAAUCUUCCCAUCGCAGAAGAAGCCCGUAGACAAGGCGUCUCCCAUCAGCGCCGAGCAGGAGGCGAAGACCAAGGCAGAAGCAGAGGAGGCCAAGUGGGACAUGAUAUAUAUGGGGAUGGCGGUUUUCCUUACCUUGUUUCUCAUUUCUGGAUCUAUGCUCUUUGUCGCGUGGAUGGCAGGCGCCCGAUUCGACAUUGCGUUUGGUCAGCUCCGAGAACAGUUCGGGGCUCUGACCGGCUCUACAAAAGUCGUUGGAGAUACUUCGGGUCAUGGGGAACUCUAAUCCUGGAGCGGGUACGUAUAUCUAUGUUUAUAUGUAAUCAUAAUGUCUGGCGUUGCUUCCCUUGGGUAGGGUUGCAACCAGUGAAUACUACUAAUAUCUG